GAACGUUGUGUGAACCCAAUUUGUAUGGCUCAGUUGUACAAACAUAACCUAAACAUACCCUUCUUUUCUGGAUCUUGAGUGUAGGAAAAAUUGAAUUUAGGCAGCCUACCCUUCAGGACAAUCUACUCCAAACUGAUACUCCCAGCUGUGUUGGAAGUACUGCUCUAAGAAUUCCCAUUGCGAUGUCACAAUGCCUACUGUUGGUGUCAUCAGGAUUCUAAAUCAUGUCCAUUCCUGCCAUUUGAAAUGGUGGUCAGUACAUGGAGAGUAGGCAUUUAUGAGCAUCAGGAGAUAAAAUGUCAAGCAGAGGAAGUGCAAGCUCUGGCUCUCUGCCAUCAAAAAAAGGACCAAUAGUCAAGCCUAGCGCCAAACUUAGAGAAGAGGGAGACUCAACUCCAAGGAGGAUAGUAAAGGAGACAAGAGCUGUGGUCAUAGAUAUUGGUACCGGCUCCUGCAAAUGCGGGUUUGCUGGAGAACAAAAGCCAAGCCAUGUGAUUUCAUCUACUGUAGGCAAGCAUAUCCAGGAGACAGCAAAAACUGGAGAUAACCGGAAGGAAACUUUUGUUGGAAGAGAACUUCAGGAUGCAACAAUACCCUUAAAGCUCGUCAACCCUUUAAGACAUGGAAUAAUAGUGGACUGGGAUUCUGUUCAAGAUGUCUGGGAAUAUAUUUUCCUUAGGGAGAUGAGGAUUCGACCUGAAGAGCAUGCUGUCCUAGUAUCAGAUCCUCCCCUGAGCCCUACUACCAACAGAGAAAAAUAUGCAGAAAUGCUCUUUGAAACAUUUUGCACCCCUGCCAUGCACAUUGCUUACCAGUCAAGACUGUCAAUGUAUUCCUAUGGAAAGACCUCAGGUCUUGUUGUGGAGAGUGGUCACGGUGUCUCCUACGUAGUUCCCAUUUACGAAGGAUAUACCAUGCCAAGCAUUACUGAAAGAGUGGACUAUGCUGGAUCAGAUGUCACUCAAUACCUAAUGAAGCUAUUAAAUGAGACUGUGAAAUUGUUCACAGAGAAAGACUGGAGUAUCUUGGAAGAUAUCAAAGAGAACUAUUGUUUCACUUCACUGGAUUAUCAACAGGAUGCAGCUACAUCUCUCAGGAAGCACGAGAUUGAGUAUGAGCUUCCUGAUGGGCAAAUUCUCAUUCUUGGAAAAGAGAGAUUCUUGUGUUCUGAAAUGCUCUUUAAGCCAUCCUUGAUAAACUCACAGCAGCUGGGACUUCCCCUCUUGACAAUGACUUCCCUCAACAAGUGCGAUGUCACCCUAAAAAAGAACCUGAUGGGCAACAUCUUGUUAUGCGGGGGCUGCACCAUGCUAAAGGGCUUUGCUGACCGCUUCCAGAGAGAGCUGAUUAGAAUGUGCCCAAACGAUAAUCCCAUUUCAUCAGCUUCUCCAGAAAGAAAAACAUCUGUCUGGACUGGAGGCUCCAUCCUGGCAUCUCUCAAGGCUUUCCAGCAGCUUUGGGUUCAUAGGAGAGAGUAUGAGGAACGGGGUCCUUUUUACAUCUACCGGAAGUGUUUCUAAAUCCCCAACAUGAAUCCCUUCCCCUAAAGCCUGUUGAACUGGAUGCAGCUUGGUUGAGGAAAAGGACACACAUUCCCUGCCGCCCCAACAAUAACAACCUGAAUGUUACAUGGUCUGGAUGACAUUCUUUUCUCUGUGUAUUAAAAGCUCAUUGCUGUAACAGCAAAAAAUGGUGUUCCUUUUUUUGAUGCAAGUAACAAAAAGCAGAGAAGAUCAAUGCAUCAUGGAAACCUUCCAACUCAAUGAUCUUGGCUCAGGGCAGCAACUGCACUUCUUUAUUCAUUCACCCCAAAGUAAAUGAACUGAGUGGGACUUUAUUUUGAGUAAAUUAUACAGGACUGUACAAUUACUGUAAGUAUCACUGAGGGUCAGUGUCUCACCAAAGGGGAAAAAAGCAGAAUAGGACAAUCUGAACUAUAAUUUCCAGAGGGAUUGCUCUAAGUAGUCUGUUGCAUUAAAAAGCAAUGGAGUCUUGUAGCACCUUAAAAGGCCAACAUACCUCAUGAAUUCCAGUUGUGUUGUUUUUGCAGAAUUCUUAAGCCUCACCUGCCAUGUAGCCUGUGAUACCCACAUGCUUUCAACUAUAUCCUGGCAAUAGUAGCAGCUCUGAGAUGUCUUUAAAAAGAAAAGUCAGAUUCUCAGAGGCAAACCUACAUCUGCUGGCCGUGCAUAACUCUUCUUUAGAGAUUGCACACAGUUAUGAAAUUGCAAUCCACAGUACUUGUGAUACGCACCCAUUAUUAAGGAUCUAAAGAAGCAUUGAUCAACAUUCGUACAUUAAUAUAUCUGAUUGUCCAUAUAUCUGAUUCAGUCACUGGAAAUUGUAUUUCCAGAAAAGGACUGUGUGCUCAGUGUUAUAGUGUUUUAUGACAGUUUCAUUAUGAAGAAAAUCAAAUGUGAGAGAUUCAAAGAAAAAAGUUACAACAAAACUUUAUUAACCAUCCUCGUUGCCCUUUGUUCUCAGAAAAAGAACAUUCCAUCAAUACUCAUUUUGUCAAAGCAGGGUAUGUUAGAUUCAGUGUAAAUCUUGCUCAGUUGUAGUAACUGAAUUGUGUGCCCUUUUUAAAAAAAAAAGCCUAAAAAAUUAAAGUACUACUAAUAGCCCU